AAAUCUAGUUAGUGUGAGUGACUUGAAAUAAAGCCAGCAGUGUGUAUUCUGAUGCUUGUGUGAUUGUGUGAUCCACCUCCAGUGGAACAGUGUGAUGGUCUUGAGCAGAGCAGAAUGGUCCAGAAGGCUGUCCAUGGAGUGCGCUGCUUAUCGCGACUGCCCAAUAACACACUUCCAGCAGAAAGACCCCGGCAUGCAGUCUCAGUAUCGGAGCGGUUAACGUGGCUGUGUGUGUGUGUGUGUGUGUGUGUGUGUGUGUGUGUGUGUGUGUGAUGAAAGAGGAUUCCAGCUGUAUACGCGUAUGAGAGAAAACUUGCCCGAAGGCUUCAGACUAGGAGUGUACAGCUAGACUGUGUUCCCGCAGGACAAAACAACCAAAGGAAAACCACAAAUGCUCAGGUAUUAGUGUUCACCAUGGAGGGCUUACAAUGUGAGCCUUGUCAGUUUGGAGGGGAUGAAACCGAAGCACAUAAAGGAGCAGAGGUUUUGGAAGAGCACACUCUUCCUCCUGAGACUUGGAGCAAAAAUUCAAACACGCCUACAGGACCAGUCCAUUCUUCAGAAGUGGCUGUCGAAGACUCAACCAUUUCCAUUCCUUACUCUGAACCUUUGUUGGGUUUAAUUCUGAAAACGCCAGCUUCCGUGCAGCCCGUGUGCUUUGGUGGCAGUCCAGUCAUGCUGCCUGUUGAAGUGCAACUAGCAGGGGAAGUAGACCCUCAAACAAUAGCCACACCUGUAAUUACACCUACAUCAGACUGUAUCCGUCUACCAGUGAUCUUUGAUCAGCCUCAUAUGCAGUGUUUAAGCUGUCUGUCCUCAUGUCCAAUCACUCCACAGCAGAACCUUCCGCAGUCACUGCAGCAGAAUAACGGACUCUCUCAGAACCUGUCACAGAGUGGCGAUGGGAAGUCAAAUAUGUCUCAACCUUCAGAGAACACCGCCACGCACAGCUCUGAAUUUUUAGCUGCUUUGCGAGAAUUUUUUCCCUUCCUUAGAAAUUACAGUUCCUCAGCCUGUCCACGGAGUAGUUUGUUUCCUUUAAAUGCCUUUAGUAGAGGUUUCAUCCCCCCAGACGCCACUUUGUCUCACCUCUAUACUGGUUCUCCGUUGGUUUCCCUGCUUCCUCCUGCCACCUUGCUAGUCCCCUUUCCACUUGUUGUUCCUUUGCCAGUGCCUCUACCUAUACCAAUCCCAAUCCCACCCUUUCCGGACUCCAGAGCAAAUCAUUCCAUGAAAACAAGUAAAAGCACCCAGACCAUAACAGAAGACAUUCCAGUGUGUACCCACAACAUAAUGUCUGGCUAUGAUUUCCUGCAGUUACCAACUCAGCCUCCCCCUCCAGCUUCUCAGGAAGAAGUGCUUGACCUCACAGUUAAGGUUGUGCCAAUUCAAACAAAGCAAGAAGCCCAGUUUUCUUUCUGUCAAGACAACGCUCUGGACCUUUCCAUGGCGAACAAAUCACGCCUCGAGCCAGGCAAAGACUCUAAGCUAAAACAUCAUGGAAGGAAUUCAACGAAUGAAGAAUCAACAAAGCUGAUCCUGCCCGUGAAGUGUCCGCAAACACGAGUGACCGGUCAGUCGAACGGCUACUCUGAUGUGGGGUUUAGCAUGCAGUACGGAUGGACAACACAAGAGCAUUUUAAAAAUUAUGCCAUAAAGUAUUCAGGCCAAAAUGGCAGAGUCAUGACGCCAAAGCAGAUACCAAGAGUGACUCGGUCUACCACGGACACGUCGGUCAUGUUUUGUGAGAAGCUAGUAAGGCCACCACAGGGACAAGUUUUAAAGCGCAGAGUUGUCAAGCAAAAGAGAAUGAACUCUCAGAAUAUAAAUGUUCCUCCAAUCAAAAAACAGGAUUUGAUGACAUUUCUUCCGAGCAAGUUCUAGGAGUUCCCGAUUCAGACAUUGGAUUGAGCUUUUGCAGGACCUCAGCCAUCUCGGUUGCUUUCUUAGAACCGUAGCUGGGUUUAAUUCUCAAAAUGCCAGUUUCCUUGCAACCUGGCUGCAUUGUUGGUCGUCUAGUCAGGCUACCUCACUUCAGCACCGAUCUUAGAUCAGCCAUAUCUGCCAUAUUUAAGCCCGCUGUCCUCAUGUCCAACCCAUGAACAGCAGAACCUUUCCCAUUUACUGCAGCAGUACAGUGGAGUCUCUUAGAACCCGGCGGCGCCGUCGGAACGACGUCAGAAUGGAGGGGAAAUCAAAUAUGCACUAAAUGGCCAAAGGUUGUUUUGUUUGUUUGUUUUCUUUUUGAGCUUGUGUUUUUGUGCAAGUACUUUAAAAUCUCUUUUAGGUUUAGAAAAGCAAACUAUUAGAGCUUAAUCAUAUGAAAUGACUUAUAUGCCAUGCAUUAGUUUUUAACGUAUUCACUUACGCGUCAGCCCUAACUCCUGUUUGUUUGUUUUUUUCUUAACUCGAUAUUUUCAGAUUUCGAAUUUGCAAGUUUGGAAAAGUAUAAGGAUAUGUUUUCCAAGUUUUCUGGAUUAGAGCAUCUGCCAUGUUUAGAAUAGCUAUAAUCCGUUUCAAGUAGCGGUCACUGCAGGUGAUCCAUGGUGAAGGCCCAAGUUAAAUAUCAAUACUACUAAUACUAUCUAUCUAUUACAGUGAAUCAUUUAAGAAGUAAAACACGGCGUCAACGAUAUCAUUGUGAAAUUUUAUUUUAAAAGGUGUACUGGAAAUGGCUAUAUUUUUAAAAAUGAGGUCAAACAUGAACCCUCUUUUCAAGUUUCGUUCCAGUGAAAUAUACGAAAGAAAUGUGACCUUUUUUAUGUGAUGCAAGCAAUUUACGCUGUUGUAGAAAAGUAUACAAAUAAAUGGAAACUUGAACCUGAGAAUAACAGAAAUGUAGAGAUGCCCUAAGAACUAACAACACACGUAUAAAUGUAUACCUUUUUUUUUUCUUUUUCUUUUUUUUUAAAUAAAGAAAAGCAGCAUUGUGCUCAUUAAGAUUGAAAUAGCAUCAAAACACAGAAAUAUGAAACAACAACAACAACAAAAAGAAAAUAGCAAUAGAUCACUUAGCAUAAAAUGACUGGGAUUAGAUUAUCGUGACUGAGCUGAGAACUCGGUCACACGUGACGUCAGUGUGAAGUCUGAUCAUUGGUUUGGUGAAAUGGUUCCCCUCAUACGGAUUUACAGUUCAGUUCUAUGGUAGCAGGGUUAGGCUUGGAGAAUUUCACCCCACCAACAAUGUGCGUAUCUGCGUGUACAUUUCUCUGCCGAUGAACUCACACCCCGGGGGUUAUUCUUAAUGAAUGAAUCAAUGCUUAAUUUGGUAUCCUUAAAGUACUAUCCUAUCUAUGAAAAGGUCCAGUGGUGUGUGUGAUUCCGACUGAAACCACCACAGAUGUCUUCAGAACCUAUUUUUGUAAACAUUAACCCGUAUAUAACUCGUAUAAAUAAGGAUGAUUGUAUACAGACGUUUACGUCAAUUGAAAACAUUUUGCUAAACUGUCUGAUAAACGAUGGCCUGAUUUAACAAGUGGAUAAAUAAAUGAAAAAAGCAUAAAACAUUGGCAUCUUGAGGAGUAAUAAAUUAAAAAGGAGAAAAAAAAGCAGUUGUUCCAGUAUAUUUAAACUGAUUUGUGCUAACCCCCUCGACUUCAUACUAUAUAAUGAAACACGGAUAGCUGCCUUUUAUAUGUUGAUCAGGUCUUGCUGCAGUAAAAGCACUCCUGAUUUAACAGUAGGAAAUUUAGUUUAAAUAUAAUUAUAGUAAACGGUUUUAGUGGUUAUUUUAUAACAGCUUUGUUCAAUGUUACAGAUUUUUUGUUGACAUAUAAACGAGCGUGUAAAUCUCUCUACUAAAUAAUAAAUGAUGGUUCCAUUACCUCUUGUGUGUUUUGUGGGGG